ACACCGCCAUCUACUGGACAUUCGCAGACUGACUCCCUCGCUGCGUUCAAGCAAAGUUGGGACGUAAAACCAUAUUUAUUUUAAAUUUUACCGUGUAUUGGAAGCAUAAAUACUUCACUUGAAGCAAAAGAAGUUCACGCAAAGAAGAUUUUAUUAGGUGGUGUGUGAAAAUAUAGCAACUGAGCCCUCCGCUUUACUUGUGCCAGUGCAAAUAGGCAAGUGUUGUCCCUCUCAGGCAUCCGUAGCAAGCUAAUAUCGUAGUGGCUUCUCGUUUCUCCUUUUCGAGGCUCCCUCGCCGUCCAACUAACGAGUCGAUGUGACUCGUUCGAUGUUCUUCACACUGUCGACAUGACAGCAAGCGAGUCGCGGUCGCAGCGGACACGUUAGGCCGAUGAUCGGUCUGACAAAAGCACGGCAGUCAUGCUUCGGUGGAUUUUUGGUGGUCGUGAAGCUCAAAACUCCGCGGAGGUGAGGUGGAACGUGAACGUCACAAACUUGAUUAGGAAAAGCGGAGUGUUGCGCAUCGGCGAGGAGCAGCCCAAAAACUGCUUCACUGAGCUGCAGGUGCUGAAAGGCCAUUUUGACAUUGUUCGAUUUCUGGUGCAGAUUGAUGACUUCAGAUGCGCGUCGGCCGGGGACGACGGCCUGGUGCUGAUUUGGAACGUGGAGACGGGCGAGCGUCUGCGGGAGCUCCGAGGUCACUCGCGGCAGAUCACCGCCGUGGCGGUCCUGCGUCGCGGCGACGUCCGCCUCGUCACCGCCUCCUCCGAUCGCACUGUCAGCCUGUGGGACCCCGACACCGGAAACAGGCUGCGCACCGUUCGGGACCUUCAGUCGUCCGUCAAGUGCAUCCUGGCGCUGCCGACCGCGGGCACGUUGAUGUCCGGCGGCGACCAGUUGUGCGUCUGGAGCGACGAGCUGCGCCUGCGCUGCGUCGCCGAGACGCACCGACACGCAGGAAUUAGUUCGCUCAUCGAGCUGCCCGACGACCGCGUGGCCGCCGCCGUGGAGAGGAGACUCGUCAUUUACAAGCUGACGGCGCACGGCGACGCCCUCACCGUCGUGGAGGUCGGCUGCCAGGCGGACCACAGGGAUCACAUUCGGGCCCUGGUCAACGUCAACGACCGCGUCUUCGCCAGCGGCUCGCUCGCCGGCGAGAUCAUCCUGUGGGACGCGCUGGACUGCAGCGUGCUGGCCUAUCAGCGCAUCUUGUGGGAGGAGCCCGAGAGCGCCACGAUGGCCCACGAGCCCGUCGAGACGUCCGUCCGACACCUCGCCUCCAACGGAAACCUGGUGGCGGCGGCGGUGGGGAGCGGCGUGUACGUGCUGAGCGCGGCCACAGGGGCGGCGCUGGCGUACAGGAAGCGCGCCCACGACUCUGACGUCCUGCACACGGCGCUGCUCUCCGACAGCGAGCUGAUGUCGUGCUCUGAGGACGGCAGCGUGAGGAUGUGGGACAUCCGGGAGCUUCCUUUGGCCGCAGAACCCGCGUCGGCAGGCUUCUUCGGGAUGUGGACCUCGGCUCGCUCCAGCAAGCAGACGUGCGCCCCGUCCAAGAAGUCGCCGGAGCCGCCCGCCGUCAGGACGCUGGAGCUGACGGGCGACCUCAUCGGACACUCGGGCGCAGUCCAGAUGUUCUUGGCCUUCCCGGAGAACGGCCUGCUGACGUGUUCGGCGGACCGCCAGCUCAUCCUGUGGAAGAACGGCGAGAGGCAGUCGCGCCUACGCGGCCUGGCGCUCUUCCGGAAACUGGAGGAGAACGGCGGACUCUGACAGGCGGCGGGAUUUGGUUUUUUUCCCCGAACGAGAUAUCGUCGUCCGGCUUCAACUGUUGGGACCUUACGGCAACGGACUUGGAAGAUUGUACUGUGAAAUGACACGUUUGUCAUUUUCCCAACUUUGCACAGCAGGCAAUUUUCAAUUUCGUGGUUCGACUUUGGUGUAGUACCACUUUGUGCCACAACAUCGCGGGGCAGCACCGAGCUCUCCCGGAAAAGGCAUUCAAGAGCAAGCGGAAGCUCCCCAGCUAAGAUUCCCACUGAGCAUAAAAAAAAAAAAUGAACGAAAAAAUAAAUAAAUACGUGCCA